CAGAGAUUUUUUUUUAUCUUUGAUUAAAUAGGGGACCAUCCGUUGAUCAACUCGAAAGGUUCUAUCUAUUCAUUUCCUAAUCUCAACUUCUGUACAUAUAAAAUGAGACCUUCCAUUGUUCUUUUGGCUGGUCUUUGCUCCUUGGCUGCGGCUGCUUCGGACAAACCUGUUGUUGGCUCUGAUCCUGUUGCUGCUGUCGAUCCUGUUGUUCCAAGCUCCAAACUUUCAGUCAACAAGGUUUCCCACGAGGACAAUGUCCCAACCCCGGAAUACGCCAAGAGACCUCUUGAUCCAUAUUCAAGUACUGGUAGUGGAGCUGAUUCUCUUUCCGUGGUAGACCUGCCUGCCAUCGAGUCUUCAGAUGAAGAAACUGAACCAGAAGGAUCUUUCAACUCUUUCUUCAUGUCAAUUUCAAUGAUUGUUGUCAGUGAAAUCGGUGACAAGACUUUCCUUAUUGCCGCUCUCAUGGCCAUGAAGCAUUCAAGAUUUGUGGUAUUCACCUCUGCAUUUGCUUCUCUUGUGGUCAUGACUGUUUUACUGGGUGUUGUUGGCCAUGCUCUUCCUGCCAUGCUCUCUCAACGUGUCACCCAAUUCCUUGCCUCGAUUUUGUUCCUUGUGUUUGGAUUUAAGCUCUUCCGCGAAGGUCUUGCCAUGUCCAAAGACAUGGGUGUUGACGAAGAAUUAGCCGAAGUCGAAGAAGAAAUUGCAAGUAGUUCCAUCAAUUCCAACAUGAAUGACAUUGAAUCUGGAUCUGCCAAUUCUACUAAGGUCACCGGUGUCUCUGCAUGGAUUAGUGAGAUUCUGAGCAACCUUGAAAACCUUGCUGCCUUGGUAUUUUCUCCUGUAUGGAUUCAAGUCUUCGUUAUGACUUUCCUUGGUGAAUGGGGGGACCGUUCACAAAUUGCCAUCAUUGCUAUGGCAGCUGGUUCAGAUUACUGGUUUGUCAUCUUGGGUGCUAUUAUUGGUCAUGGUCUUUGUACUUUUGCCGCAUGUACAGGCGGUAAGCUCUUGGCUAAACGUAUUUCAAUGAGAACUGUCACAUUGGGAGGUGCCAUUGCCUUCUUUGUAUUUGCCAUCUUGUAUUUCUACGAUGCUAUGUAUAAUAUUGAGUAAAUAU